AUGAACUACGACAAAUCAGCCCUAGUGAUUGGUUGCCACAGUAUACAAGCUUUACUACUUACCUACGUGGAACUACAGACAGUGGUGGAUUUAGGAUUCCUCAAGAAGCCAUCUGGCUGCGCUUUGAAGCGUGGAGGAAUCCUCGUCCUGAGCAAGUCUAGUAAUGAGAGUGAGUGGAUGGGCUCCUCAGUGGAAGGGGUUCAACACCGCUCCCACGCUACGGCUGCAAUGACACUCUGCAGAACAGUAUUCGUAUUCCGGCUAGGUCGUUGCAAUUCUUAG